UCGGGGUCCGGCAUGGCCGCCACGCUGACUGUGGAGCCCGCGGGCCGCUGCUGCUGGGACGAGCCCGUGCGCAUCGCCGUGCGCGGCCUGGCCCCCGAGCAGCCCGUCACGCUGCGCGCGUCCCUGCGCGACGAGAAGGGCGCGCGCUUCCGGGCCCACGCGCGCUACCGCGCAGACGCCGCCGGCCACCUCGACCUGGCGCGCGCGCCCGCGCUGGGCGGCAGCUUCGCGGGGCUCGAGCCCAUGGGGCUCCUCUGGGCCCUGGAGCCCGACAGGCCGUUCUGGCGCCUGGUCAAGCGGGACGUGCAGACGCCCUUCGUCGUGGAGCUGGAGGUGCUGGACGGCCACGAGCCCGACGGCGGGCGGCUGCUGGCCCGGGCGGAGCACGAGCGCCACUUCAUGUCGCCAGGGGUGCGGCGGGUGCCGGUGCGCGCGGGCCGGGUGCGGGCCACGCUCUUCCUGCCGCCAGGCGAAGAGUGCUUCCCCGGGAUCAUUGAUAUGUUUGGGACUGGUGGUGGCCUUUGUGAAUACAGAGCCAGCCUCCUGGCUGGACAUGGUUUUGCUGUACUUGCUUUGGCUUACUUCAGAUUUGAAGACCUCCCUGAGAAUUUAGGUGAUGUGAACCUGGAGUACUUUGAAGAAGCUGUGGACUUUCUGCUGCAGCAUCCAAAGGUGAAAGGCCCUAGCAUUGGGCUUCUUGGUUUCUCCAAAGGAGGUGACCUAUGUCUCUCAAUGGCUUCUUUCUUGAAGAACAUCACGGCCACUGUACUUAUCAAUUCCUGUGUGACCAACACAAUAGUUCCACUGCAUUAUAAGGAUAUGAUUAUUCCUAAUCUUGACACUGACCCAAGGAAACUAAAAAUUACUGAGUCAGGCCUUUUGAGUUUUGUGGAUAUUUGGAAGAACCCACUGGAGGAACCCAACAACCAAAGUCUUAUUCCACUGGAGAAGGCCCAGGGGCCUUUCCUGUUUAUUGUUGGCAUGGAUGAUCAUAACUGGAAGAGUGAAUUCUAUGCUCAGAUAGCCUCUAAACGGUUACAAGCCCAUGGGAAAGACAGACCCCAGAUAAUCUACUAUCCAGACACUGGUCAUUAUAUUGACCCACCUUAUUUUCCUCCCUCUAGAGUUGCUGUGCAUGCACUGUUGGAUAAAGCAGUAUUCUAUGGAGGUGAGCCAAAGGCUCACUCAAGAGCACAGGUGGAUGCCUGGCAACAAAUUCAAACUUUCUUCCAGAAACAUCUCAAUGGUAAAAAAUGUGUGAAGCAAAGCAAAAUAUAACAUUGAAAUCAUACACCAAAAAGCCUUCAUUAAAAUCUUGAUCAUACAACUUCUGCUGGCUUUCCCAAAAGCACCUAGGAAGCUUUUUGUAGCAUAGCAAACAUCUCAGUUUCCUUGUCAGGUCCUACUGGACUCUUAGUCUUUGCAACCCUCCUUCCUUCUGUAGGACCAGUCUUAACCUUAGGCAAAAGAAAUGUAACAAGUGCUCAGCCUGCUCUUAGUUGCUGGCCUAACUUCAACUUCUGUCCCAGUUGUGAGGACUGAGCUACUGUAUUAUUCAUAAGUCGCACAACCCCUUCAGGCCCUAACCAAUCUGUCUGAGCCUUGGGACCUACCCACUAGAGUCCCUUACCUCAGUGUUGCCAGCACAUAUUCCUGAAAUUUACUCAAGACUUGACCCUGAACCUUAGGCUGAAGGUUGAGGCCAUUGUGCCUGUUGAUACACUUCCUGUAUGUUUACCAUCUGCCUGAAUUCCCAGUCACUUUGUGGUACUUUCCUGUCUGGAAGAACACCUUGAUGCCAAGAUUUU